UAUUAGUGGGACGGAGGGAGUAAUAUUUUUGUACAGCCCAAUCAUCAAACAGCACAAGAAUAGCAAAAGGUUAGUAUUACGGGCUAAGAAAGUGAGGAAACGGCUACGGAGACGGCAGACUUCAGCCGAACAAAGGAGCAGCACCCAUUCGGAUCCACGAACGCCUCUACCGCCUACGGUCGACACUUGGCCACCCUGCGCCCCUUCCCUCCUCACUUCCUCAGCCUUCUGGUCCGCUGUGCUAACUGCUUCAGGCUUCACGCCUUCACCGGAAUCACCGCUUCUGCGCUUCAGCAGUUCAGCCUUCAGCGGUACAUUUGCGUGCAGGUCACUUCUGGGUCGCGACUUCGUUACGGAGGUUUCAGGUCGCAGUUCACGCGUAUCAUCGUCGCAGGUCGCUGACGCUGGUCUCUCCGUCGCAGGUCUCCGUUACAGUUCACUAAGCAGGUUCAAGAUGGUUGCGACGCUGUUUGAAGAUAUUUUCACAGUAACUGAAAUAAAUCCAGAGGGGAAAAUAUUCAAUAAUGUUGAUCGCAUCGUGGCAAAGGGCAACCAGUUUGAAAAGACUAUGGUAUUAGACGUGAAUUCACAGAUAUAUCACAUUGACAUUAAUGAUACACUUAAGAUUGUUCUGGUCUCCACUAUAAAUUUGGAUGGGACUCCAGAUUCGGGUUACUAUCUUCAGGGAAACAGGAAAUCACUUGCUGACGACUACGAGUAUGUUAUGCAAGGAAAGCUAUACAGGAUACCUGAGGGAAAGUCGCGGGAUGAACUGAGACUAAUAGUUUCGUUUGGUGGUCUUCUGAUGGAACUGAGUGCUGACUCAUCAAUAGCUGCUAAAUUUGAGCUUGAUCAGAGGCUGUUCAUUCUAAUUAGAAAGAUUAAAACAUAAAGUCUUGCAGGAUAGUCUCUACUGGGAUCUCUCUCUCUUCUUCAGUCAUGCAUUCCAGCAAGUCCGACUUUGGAAUGUUAAACUUGAGCAUUUGCAUUGUGUAUCAUAAAAAUUAUGAAGUGCUUGAAUGCAUUUGCAUUGUAGUUGGAUAAUUGGCUUGUGAUGAUGAAAGUGGGUAAAGUUACGCACUUCUACUUCUAUUUAUUCCAUCUUAUGAUCUUUUAUGCUAAUAAUGCAUGUCAUAUGUACUACCUCCCUCUCUUACUAAACUUGAGGUGACCCAGACACGCAGUUAUUAAAAAAAGUGGGCUCAUGUGAUUGGUAUUGAAUUGAUAAAAUAAGAAUAAAGCAACAAUGAUUUAGAAUCAUACAAAU